CCGCAACUCACCAGUGCCAAAAUCAAGAUGGGAAUUUGUCAUAUUGGUGACUUGAUAUCUAGGUUCCGGCGAUGUCUUGUACCGCUAUACAGACAUUCUCAUAUCAGCCGUGGUGAUGGCGGAUGACCCAGAGAGACAAACUGACGUUCAAGAGGAACAAAAAGUGCCAUUGGGGAAGCCGCCCACGAACAACGACAAUGAGACCGCGCCUUCCUUCGAGAGUCCAUUCGACCUUCCGAACUGGCGGAAAUGGAUCAACACGGUCCUCCUAGCCUCGAUGACCAUGGCUGUGACGUUCGGUAGUUCAGUUUGGUCAUCUACUAUCACGGUCACGUCCAAGCAAUUCGAUGUCAGUGAGACCGUCAGUAUCCUGGGCGUGUCCCUUUACGUUCUGGGCUUUGCUCUUGGUCCUAUCGUUUGGGGACCAAUGUCCGAAUUCAAGGGUCGGCGACUGCCUCUUUUCUCGGGAUUCUUCGUCUGGCUUCUACUUCAAAUCCCGAUCGGCGUGGUGAACAACCUGCCUGCUCUUCUCGUCUGUCGAUUACUCGGUGGAUGUUUCGGUGCAGCACCAGUCGGCCUGGUGUCGGCAAUGUAUGCCGAUUUCUGGGAGCCAGCUGAACGCGGUAUCGCGACGGCGAUCUAUUCUGCUGCCGUGUAUAUUGGGCCAACGUUGGGACCGGUCUUUGGGAGUCUCGUGACGGAGAAUCCCAGCCUGGGCUGGCAUUGGACAGCAUGGUUGACCCUCAUCAUUGGAGGUGUCGUCGGCGUUCUGGCAUUCGUCUUCGUCCCGGAAACAUAUGGUCCCGUCCUGAAGCUGAGAGCAGAGACAAAAGCCCGCAACCUUACCAGAACCCCUUCCCAGAGAUCUUACGGCAAGCAAACCCCAACCUUUCGGGACUUUGUCGGCAAAUAUAUGGUCAAGCCAUUGUUGAUGCUAUGUUAUGAGCCGAUGCUGAUGGUGAUGACACUGUACGUUGCGAUUGUUUAUGGCAUCUUGUACCUCACAUUCUUCGCUUUCCCCUACAGCUUUACUGAAGGCCGCGGCUGGGAUCCUCGUGUUGGAUCUCUGCCCUUCCUGAGCAUUUUAGUCAGUGUCCUGGCUGGCUCCGUGGGCGUUGCAGUCUACUCGAAGAAAUACUAUCAACCACGACUAGUGGCACGAGGCUCUGUGCUACCGGAGGAUCGUCUUCCGCUCGUCAUGCUGGGCAGUGUAAUGCUACCAGCAGGGCUCUUUUGGUUCGGAUGGUGCUCGAGCAGCCACAUAUCACCUGUACCGCAAAUCAUCGCCGGUCUAUUCAUCGGGUGUGGAAUUAUGCUCAUUUUCACAAACUGUGUCGCAUACAUUGUGGAUAUCUAUCUACAGUCGGCCGCGAGUGCAUUGGCUGCAAACACAUUCGUCAGAAGUGCAGUCGCAGCCGGGUUUCCGCUCGCUGCGCCACGCAUGUACCGGGUGCUUGGAAUCGCUUGGGCCACGAGUGUUUUGGGAUUUUUGUGUAUAUUGCUCAUACCGGCGCCUAUUCUUUUCUACAAAUAUGGCCGCAAGCUCCGACAAAUGUCUCGGUAUGCUCCUACACCGGCCUAGCUGUCCGGACAUCAUGCUGUCCAUGGCACGAUGACCACUCUCAUCCACCCAUGUAAAGCAAGGUUACUACUGUUGGCUGAAAGGUUUAUAUGAAAAAGUUCGCGUAAGUCAGUGGUCAGGCGACACUGUCGGUGGCUUCGCCGUCCAUCGAGCUCAUGUCUUGCGGAGUGGUCCUGCAGGAACUCCUCAUCUUACUCCUCACUUGAGUCCUCGGUAUUCCAUUCCACCAAUACAGGUGGCUGCAUGACCAUCACCACCAUGCAACCUCCAACAGGGUCAACGAUCAAUGGCACGAUAGGAGGGGAAAGCUUGGAGAAAAGCUUGAGAGAAGUAGGCUAUUGACC